AUGUCACAUCACAGACAAAUUUUGAAUUUUGAGACCACAACCAUUGGUACAAUUUCCAUGUUCAACGUUAUUGUUGAGAAAAUUGUGUUACACCAAAGUGUCAAACAAGUAACUAUAGAAAACGUGUAUGGUGAUGUGUAUUUGGACGACUGUGUUUUAGAAAUGCUUGUUAUUAAAAAUUACAACGGAAGGACGCUUGCCAUCAACAACACUGUAUUGAAUGAUUUUUCAUUAACUGAUACGCAGAAAACAUGUGUUUCUUUCGUUCACAAAACAAGUCCAAGUAGUGUUGAAAUUACUGAUAAAAUGGUGUUAAAUUGUGAUGUUAUACAAAGUUUUAGUGUUUCUAAUUAUGACCCCUUUGAUUUUAUCGUUGAGAGUGAUGAAUCAGAUGUGAAGUGUGAAUUUGUUGCUAAAGAAGUGAAUUACAAUGGUAUUUUAAAACGCAUGAGUAUCAGUAGAUAUGUUGGAAAUGCCGACUUGUCCUUCUUCGAAAUUAAAUCAUUUGAUUUGAGGCAACCAGAAUUUAGUAAUAACACAAAGGUAUCACUAACACUUGGAAAUGUAGAGGAAGCAAUUUUUUUAAAUAUGAAUUUCGAGAAACUUGAAUUGGGAAUUGUUGUGAAUUUGGAAAUGUACAGCACAUGUGUUACAUCUUUGGUCGCAAAGCAUUUAUACACAUUUGGAUAUCAAGAUUCGACCUUUGAAAACAUAAAGGCACACACAAUUGGUAAAAUUAUUGGUCUUAGAAACUCAAUCAAAAAUUUGGAGGUUGAAAAGAAAGUUGAAAAAUUCGUUCUUAAAAUACUCGGACGUUUUGAUCAUUUUUAA